UCCCUGACUCGUUCCUCUUAACUCCAGAGAGCUAUUUCCAAACCCCACCACCACUCACUGACGCCGCCAGGGAUCCUGGGGUGAAUUAUUCCAGGAAGUUUCAAUGAGAAAGCCGAAAAACUAAGUCACCCCUGGCCAGCCAAGCCCAGUGACGGAAAGUGCUGCGCCCACGCUGGUGAGUUGCAGGAUUUCUCUGGGAAGAGUAAGGAAAGUAGAGACAUUUGGGGAUCUGGUAGCCUGGCUCUCGCUUCCUCAUGGCUUCAUCCAGUGACUCUAGCAAUGUCUGCUCCAGUGUCAUCGACCACAGCCACGUCCGCGAAUUUGAGGUGGCCACUUGGAUCAAAAUCACCCUCAUCUUGGUGUACCUGGUCAUCUUCGUGGUGGGCAUCUUGGGCAACAGCGUCACCAUCAGGGUCACGCAGGUAUUGCAGAAGAAAGGCUAUUUGCAGAAGGAGGUGACAGAUCACAUGGUCAGUUUGGCUUGUUCAGAUAUCUUGGUCUUUUUGAUUGGCAUGCCCAUGGAGUUCUACAGCAUCAUUUGGAACCCCCUGACCUCACCCAGCUAUCCACUGUCCUGCAAGCUCCACACAUUCCUCUUUGAGGCCUGCAGCUACGCCACCUUGUUGCACGUGCUGACCCUCAGCUUUGAGCGCUACAUUGCCAUUUGUCACCCCUUCAGGUACAAGGCCGUGUCUGGACCUUGCCAGGUGAAACUGCUGAUUGGCUUUGUCUGGGUCACCUCCGCCCUGGUGGCGCUGCCCUUGCUCUUUGCCAUGGGUAUCGAGUACCCCCUGGUGUCUGUGCCCACCCACAGAGGCCUCAGCUGCAACUUCACUCGCACCCGUCACCACGAGCAACCUGAGACCUCCAAUAUGUCCAUCUGCACCAACCUCUCCAGCCGCUGGACCGUCUUCCAGUCCAGCAUUUUUGGGGCCUUCGCGGUUUACUUGGUGGUCCUGGUGUCUGUGGCUUUCAUGUGUUGGAACAUGAUGAAAGUACUCAUGAGGAGCAAGCGGGGCACUCUGGCAGGGGCCGGGCCACAGACGCAGCUGAGGAAGUCGGAGAGUGAGGAAAGCCGGACGGCGAGAAGACAGACCAUCAUAUUCCUGAGACUGAUCGUGGUGACACUGGCUGUGUGUUGGAUGCCAAAUCAGGUUCGGCGGAUCAUGGCUGCGGCAAAACCCAAACAUGACUGGACCAAGUCGUACUUCAAGGCAUACAUGAUCCUUCUCCCCUUCUCCGACACGUUCUUCUACCUCAGCUCUGUCGUAAACCCUCUCCUGUACAACGUGUCCUCUCAGCAGUUCCGGAAGGUGUUUUGGCAGGUCCUCUGCUGCCGGCUGAAUCUGCAGCAUGCCAACCAUGAGAAACGCCUGCGUGCCCACUUCAGCUCCACCAAGGACAGCACCCGCUCAGCCCGGAGCCCCCUCAUCUUCCUAGCCUCCCGGCGGAACUCUUCCUCCAGGAGAACAAACAAGGUGUUCCUAAGCACUUUUCAGACCGAUGCCAGGCCUGGAGAGGCUAAGCCCCAGCUCUUGAGUCCUGAGUCAUCACAGACAGCUGAUUCCACCACCGAGAAUGGUUUCCAGGAGCAGGGGGUGUGAGCGUCAAGUUCA